GCAUGGAGAGAGACGCAUCAUUCGCCAUGGAGGACCUGUGUGAGAUGGAGGUCUCGGUGCUCAAGCGGCUCCUGAAGGACGACUCGUCCCGGAUCCUGCUGCUCGACUGCCGCUCGUUCCUCGCCUUCAGCGCCGGGCACAUCCGCGGCGCCGUGAACGCGCGUUGCAACACGAUCGUGCGCCGCCGGGCCCGCGGCACCCCGCUGCGCCUGGACCAGGUGCUGGCCGGGGACGAGGAGGCGAGAGGCCGCCUGGCGUCCGGCAUGUUCUCCGCCGUGGUGCUGUACGACGAGAGGACGCAGGACGGGGACACGGUGAAGGAGGACAGCACCGUGACGCUGGUGCUGUCCGCGCUGUGCGGGGACGAGACCGCCACGGACACCUACCUGCUCAAAGGCGGAUACGACCGUUUUUUCUCAGAAUACCCGGAGUUUUGUCUAAAGACCAAAUCCUUACCGUCCCUCAGCAGCCAGUCCAGCGUGGACUCGUCCUGCUCGUCCUGUGGGACGCCGCAUCACGACCAGGCCGGCCCGGUGGAGAUCCUCCCGUUCCUCUACCUCGGCAGCGCCCUCCACGCCUCGAAGAAGGAAGUGCUGGACGCCAUCGGAAUCUCCGCCCUGCUGAACGUGUCGGCCGACUGUCCCAACCACUUCGAGGGGGCGUACCAGUACAAGUGCAUCCCAGUGCAGGACAACCACAAAGAGGACAUCAGCUGCUGGUUCCUGGAGGCCAUCGAGUUCAUAGACUCAGUGCGUGACUCCAGUGGGCGAGUGCUGAUCCACUGUCAGGCCGGUAUCUCCCGCUCCGCCACCAUCUGCCUGGCCUACCUGAUGAAGAGGAAGCGUGUGCGUCUGGACGAAGCCUUCGAGUUCGUGCGCCGGCGCCGCAGCAUCAUCUCGCCCAACUUCAGCUUCAUGGGCCAGCUGCUGCAGUUCGAGUCCCAGCUGCUCGCCACCUCCUGUGCUGCCGAGGCGGCCGCCACGGCGAGCCCGCUGCUCGGACCCAAGUCGUCCACGGCCGUCACCUCCACAGCUGCUACGCCCACGUCGCCCUUCAUCUUCAACUUCCCGGUCUCCGUGGUGAACCCGGCCUACCUGCACCACAGCCCGCUCACCACCUCGCCCGGCUGCUGAUGGACAGCCCCCGCCGCCCCCCCUCCCACAGACUAACUGAGCACAAGCUGGACUGGUAUUGGCUGAGAGAGCUGACAGUACGUACAUGCUUCCAGGGGCGGGGGGGAAUGGGAGGGGGGGUGAGAAGCAUCACGGUGCCUGAUUCAAAAUCUCAAAAGACUGAAAAGACAGAAACAUUUUUUUUAAACGUUCAGAAACCAGCCGAUGCUCCUUCCGCCUCGACACCAGAUUUCUUCACAAUGACCAAAUAUGGACUUGGCUUUUCACGCUGGUUUCAGUGAAGAGGUUCGGACGGAGUGUCGGACUGAGACGUCCUCUUCCUCGACAACAACAACACGACAACAACACGCACAGAGACACACACUGACGCACACACACCCUGACACCGAGAGGCAGCGAACACUUUCUCUCUCUCUCUCUGACUCACACACACACACACACACACUCACACACACACACGUUCAUGACUACCAAGUGAGUAAGCUCAGUAUGAAGGCAGGCUGCGUUGCUAUGGAGACGACAGGUCUUUAGCAGAGGAGAUGGACACAGGAAGGAAGGAGGAAUCUUAAGCACCCGCUCCUUCCCCUCCUGAGGGUGUCCCUCCUGUCGCCGGACAAAAAGAGAGGGAUGGAAAAAAACAGGGAAGGAGACGGUGAUAGAAAGCAGGAGGCUCGUCAGUGACAGGUGCUCUGCCGGCAAUCCGACCGGAGCUUCCUGUCUUUCAUACGUCCUCUUCCUCCCACCCCCCGCCUGUCAUCUCCCUUUCAUCCUUUUCUAUUCCUCCCUCCCUCCUUUCCUCCUCCUCAUCGUCUCUCCCUCUCAUCCUCGCCGCCUCUCCUCCGCUCUUCAUCGUCUUCGCUGAAGAGGCUAAAUACAUAAAACAAAGAUGCCAAAUAAAGGCCGGGGCCCCUUGUAAAUGGACUGGGAAACCCCUCCGCAGGCACCUCCUAGGAAAUUCCCCCUUUUUCUACAUCGUAUAAACAUUAGUUUUGAGUUGAAGGGCUGAAAGGAAAACGGUCACGAGGGAUGAGACGUGACUGAGAAGUUCUCAUCGAUUUUCCUUUUUUUAGAUCAGAGGACGACUUUCAGAGCACAUUGAGCUUGGACGUCACUUAGAGGACGAAGCUGGUGGCUUUGCAUCUUUUAUCUCGUUAUAAAUCACCUAUUUACUACUGGUCAUCAUUUUCCAAAACAUACGAAUCUUUAAAAAGCAUUGAUUUCAGUUCCUCUAGCAACUCUAUUUAUUGGAUGCUUUGGAAAAUGGGUUUUUGAUAAUGAGCUAAAAUGUGUACCACCAGAAACGGCUCCUUUUAAAGAUGUUUGUGCCUUGUACAUAAAGGUGUUCUAUGGAUUUAGGCGUCCCUGGAUCUGCCCGGGACAUUUAUUUUUUAGAUUGCUGAAUGUUAGUCACAAAAAUAAUCGGUUCAGGCUCUGAUUCCCUCCACAGAGCAAAAAGCUUCCCUCCUCAUCUUCACUCACACAGAAUAAACUGUAGACGCUAAAGGAAAAUCGCAAGGAUUGGACAGAAACGGCAUUCGUGAAGAACUCAGGUUACUUUCAAACACGGUACAGAAACAGUCCUGCAAACAUUUUGGGUUCCUAAUCAUUAAAAACAGAUACGCUGAGAUUUCUAACUUGAGAAAAUGGGAUUGCAAUACUUAUACACACUAUAUCUUUUAACGUUUUAGUGCUUUGCCUCACAAAACAAGUUCGACAAGGAUUUUAAGCUUUGACCUUUGAGGCCAUAACCCAAUAACAGAAAACGUUUAUCCUAUUAAUUGUGUAUAGACAAGAUAUAGACUGUAAACAAAGAUGGACGACGUGUUUCCACUUCCUCCCACCUAUCCAGAAAUGAAGCCAAAAUAUCGCUGAUACGAAACGCCGCCAUCUUGCUCAUUUUGGAGCCGGAUUCUGUGUAGUAGCGUUCAGGGGUUCGACCAAUCGUGUAACCAGCCACCAGGGGGCGAUAUCUAUAUAUAUUUAAGGCUUCACUUUUAGGGAGCUGUCACGUCGUCCAUCUUUAUAAACAGUUUAAGGUUAAAAAAAAAAGUCCAGCAGUCAUGUCCCUUCUCCAGUGUCCUCAGUUGUCUCCAUAGCACUCUGACAGCGGAGACGUUUCACGACGUCGUUCUUCGACUUCAGGUCAAAUCUUCACGAUGCCACAGAUCGAGACAAUGUUUGUACUUCUCCUGCUUUUCGUACCAGGCUAAGCUCUGCGCUCUGUACUAGACAUCCAAAGGCACAAAGUCCCACCGCGGUUACUUUUAUACCCGAGUCCUGAUGUAUGCACAAAACACACACACACGUACACACACACACACACAUAUACACAAACAGGGUUUCAAAGAAAACAAACCUUUCUGUUCUGUUUUUGAAGAUUGUCGGCACCUAUCUCUGUAGCACUUUGAAGUGAUGCAAUACUGUAUUUAUAAUUUAUGAGUGAUUUACACAUCAUGGUGAUGUUAGACUGACUAGACUUUGCAUAAAGACAUUUUGUCCUCGUGGAGAGAAAGAAGGAGAGAAGAGAGCCAAUCAGUGAAAAACGCAAUACUUUGUACACAUGCGUGUGGUCUGUCCACGUCCGUCUGUCUGCCUCUCUGUGUUCGUCCGUCUGUUUACCCUUCAUGGCAAUAUCAAUCCUCCGCUCGGACAUUUAUAUAUAAAAAAGAUAUUCCCCUCGAUUUUAUUGUGGAAUGAAUGAUCUGUGCAUUUAUUUAUUACUGAAGAUCCACUGUUGAAUAAACAAUGUUCUUAAUGAA